AUGCUCGCGCAUGCCCUCUUCUCGCUCGCAACCUUGGCGACGGCUGUCUCCGCUGCGCCUCUUGCUGGUCCGCUGGCCGAGAAGGCUUCGAUUCUGGCUGCGUCGGGUCCUUCGAACGUCGAAUUCAACAUCGCGUAUUCGAGUAACCGGACCGAAGGACUGCCUACGACGCUCAUCCUCGCAACCGGCGGUACCAUCGCAGGCUCUUCAGCCUCAAACCUCGACUCGACGACGUAUCAAGCCGGAGUCGUUGGUGUCGGCCAGCUGAUCCAGGCCGUCCCGGAGCUUCUGCAUGUGUCGAACAUCGACGGCAUGCAGGUCUCGAACAUUGCGUCCGAGUCCAUGCCCGACUCGGUCGUCCUCAAGCUGACCAAGCUCGCCAACAAGGCUCUCUGUACCCCGAACGCGACCUACGACGGCGUUGUCAUUACUCACGGUACCGACACGCUCGAGGAGACCGCCUUCACGCUGGACGUGACGCUCCAGUGCGACAAGCCGGUUGUGGUGGUCGGUGCGAUGAGGCCUUCGACCGCCAUCAGCGCCGACGGUCCCAACAAUCUUCUUCAAGCCGUGACGACCGCUUCACACCCCGCAUCUCGCAACCGCGGCGCCCUGAUUGUCUUGAACGACCGAGUCUGCCAGGCUUACUACUGCGAGAAGACACAGGCCAAUGCAGUUGACACGUUCGACUCGCCCGAACCAGGCUACAGCGGCGCCCUCCUCUCUGACAAACUUUUCUACUACUCGUCCGCCGCUCAGCCGACUUUCAAGCAGACUUUCGACUUGAGCAACGUCACUGCUUUGCCGGAUGUCGACAUCCUGUAUGGCUACCAAGGAACGGACUUUGGCUUGCUCAACGCGACGAUUGCGGAUGGAGCGAAGGGGACUGGCGCUGGCUCAAUCCCGGCAGCCGCUCUGCACGACAUCGACGCAGCGGCGGCGAAAGGCAUUCCUCUGGUCCGCUCGACCAAGAUCAACGUCGGCGCCGCUGUUCCUGGUGACGUGAACUACGACUCAAUGAUUGCUGGCGGUCUCCUGAACCCGGUCAAGUCUCGCCGUCUUCUCCAGAUUCUGCUCGCGUUGAACAAGACGAACGACGAGAUCCGCAACGCGUUCGAGGGCAAACUCAAGUCCUACCUCUCGUACAAGCCCGGCUCCUCAUAG